AAUGAUAAGUAAGGCCAUCAACAUCUAUUUCUCGCACUCUAUAUUUAUAGAGGCAAGAGUAUACUUUGCUUGUAAGCAAUCGAAACCUAUAAGAGGCGUCGAUAUCCUACAUUUACUCAAAUCUCAAAAGCCAUUUCCCAUCGGAUAUCCAGGCUGGAGGCUAAAUAAAUAUGAAUAUGAACAAAGAUUAUGGAAAAGCGAAUUAGUGUCUGAUGUUUUACCUAAUUCUAUACCUAUUUAUGGUUCUUUCGCUAAAAUAAAAGCUUCUUCUCAAACUGUAUUAAAUACUUUAAAAGACAUUAAUAAAUAUCAUGAAUGGAACCCUGGUGUAUGUCAAACCAGGCAAAUAACAGUUGCGGAUGAAGUUAAUCAACCCUCCAAACAUAAAGGCUCUUCAUCUGGAGUCGUACAACACGAUAUUGUCUCAAUAGAAAUUGAGCAUAUGCCAUAUCUAUUAGCUAGAUUUGUCAAUUGGGUAUGGUACAAAAUCCAGGGUGAUGGUUUACUUAGAUUGGUGUCUCUUGUGCACAGAUAUUGGAAUAAACAAGAGAGCAAUACCUGGUGGUUCUUGGAAAUGAUGGAAAGGGAGCAAAAGUGGUACUUUUAUCUGUUGCAAAACAUUGAAGGCUUCUUUGAAAUCGAUCAGAUUUUGGUUACAGUAAUAUCUUCACCGGAACCUGAUGCUGCUAUUAAGCUAGCUUGUUUGCAACACGUUUUGUCCUACCGAAAAGUUCAAACAGCUGCACUAACGAAUAUAUCCCUACCAGUUUCAUCAGUGGAUGAAAAUGAAGAAGGGGAUACUACUCAAAAAACUACUAUGCAAUCAAAUCCAGUUGAUCAAUUGGAAAAUUCUACUAAGCCUAAAUUACGACAUUUUGCAGAAGUUGUUGAUGCGGCCGUUAAAAAUAAUCCUCAAACUUCAAAUCCUUCUUCUUCUCAAACAAAGUCGUCAGAUUUUGUUCUUAAAUUUAAACAAUUAAUUGAAGAGAAAAAAGAUUGGUUUAAGUCUGACGAAAGGAGGAAGAAAGCUAAUCAAAGAGAUGCCGCCAAUAUCCUAAAACCAACUGAACCUUCCAAUAAAUCUGAAACAAAAGAUAAAAAGUUCUUUUCAAGAUUCUUGAAUAGAUCAAAUACAUCUCCAGACGUAUUCGAAGGUAUUCCAAAAGAUCAGCUACCUAUUCAACUAAGAAGCGUUGAUCAGGAAUCGUCUACAAAAAUAACAGAGGAGAGCGAUAAACUCAGUAUUCAUAGUGAUGAAGAAUCAUCAAAUAGUAUUCUUACAGAUGAAGAAUCAGAUAUACAUAUGAUAAGAGGGAUCAUCCACACAGGAUACUCGAUGGACGAAACAUUCCGUAAAGCUGCGAAUGAAGCUGCUAACGAGCUAUUGAACGAGAAAGCUCAUAUUGCAAACCUGGAUAUUAUGAAAACAAUGGAUGAACAAGCUGAAGCAACGAGCGGUUGGGUAUAUUGUGGAUUAGAGAAAGAGAUUGUUAUCUUGCGUAAAGUUUUUGAUGAUAGUGGUUCAAAUUUACAAUGUUAUUUGGGUAAAGGAGUAGUUCCUGCCGCUCCAAAAACUGUAUUCGAAGCGGUUCGUAACCCACAAACACGUUUCACGUACGAUGAAAUGUUAAAGAAAACUGAAGUUUUACAUGAUUUUGGAAAUGGAUUAAAAGUUAUAUAUCUUUAUCAUGAAGUAUCGCAAUUAUUCCGUAAAGAAGCGAGAGAUUUUUGUAUUGUUCAAUUAGAGAAAAUGGACGGCGUUAAGUACGUUGUUAGUAUGCGUUCGGUUGGUUGGCCAGGUUGCGAGGAGACAGAGAGUACAACUAGAGGAAAAGUUCAUCCAAGCGGCUGGAUUAUUGAACCCAUAACCAGGGAUCAAAAACUUUAUUCCAUGGUAACUUAUAUAACCCAAUUCGAGUUGGGUUUAAGUAAGACGGGAACGGGAUAUCUCGUAGAAGAACUGGCCGCAAAGCAGCCACUAGCUAUAUCGUUCCUGAGACAAGUUCUAACUCAGAAUCCACUACUAGCCGAGGGUCCAGAUAAACGCAAGGCAUCGGUAUCAUCCACAUCAACAGAUACUUAA